GGCAAAAUGAAAAAUAAAUGAAAACAGAAAAUUGUUCAUACGUUGUUCGUACAUUCUCUCAUACAGAAGACAUAGGUAAAUCCGGUACAGCCUUUCGGAGAGAAAGUUUUUGGUUUGGAAAUUGCAAAGUCAACUGAAAUACAAAGUGAAUUGCAAAACAAAAGUAGAAAUAAAAAUUAAAAAAAAAAAAUAUGUAAAAAUUAAAUUUAAAAAAAACGCGCCAAAAAAAGUUAAACAGAAACUUUUUUAAGUGUACACGGAAAUUUCCCGGAAAAUUGUGCACGCGUUAAGACGUCUUUAUUAGCUCGGCGAGAUCUCUGCACGUGUGCAAGUGUGUCAGGGUUUCGCUAGCUCGGAAAAUUCUAUAAGAACUGCCAGCUGAGAAGAAAAAAGAAGUUCUAACGCAGCCACAACGAAAUGAACAAAAUUUAAUUUGAAGCAUGAAAUGAUUUAAAAUCAGUAUUCUAAAAUGUCAACAUCCUCAUCCUCCGCACAUAUAUUUCGUUCACUCUCAUCCGAGAGUCAGAAGAAAGAAUGGUCUAAGCGUUUAUCCUUGCGUGGCACGCGACAUGUGAGCAACAAUCCAAAGGAUGAGACAAAAAAGCAGAAACUUUUUAGUCGCUCAGCAUCACUAAAGCAAGCCAGUUCUCCACAGCCAUGUUUAGAGUUGCAAGUCCCUGGUCACCAGUCACAUACAACGCAACAGAUGUCAUCUCAGCAGCCUUCAACACCAAAAAAAUCCAACUGGGAGGUGAUUGAACACUUCAAUCCUAAUUCAAAGAGCGGAAAAGCAGCUGUUAGCAGCAGUCUUAUAGCGGCGGGCAUAACACGAUGUAACAUCGAUGAAUCUAUUGACUCAACCAAUUCCAGUUCGACAUGUCAGAGUCCUAUGGUUUAUCAACGUGAUGAAGCGCAACUGCUGCAACAAAAUUAUGAUUCCAGCGAUUCACGUAAUGUUGAGGGAAAUCUGAAUCCCAAUGGCAACCUCAGUCCGACAAUAUCCUUUUGGUUUCGUCUAAAUCGUGUGAUUUUACGUUUAUGCAGUCAGCAUCAAUUCAAAAAUUUACAGGUGGAAAUGCUCUAUCAGCGCUACUUUCUACGUAUGAACCAGAGCAACACAACACACGUCCUGGCGUUGCUAUUGGCACUUAUAGUGGCGCUGUCGAGUGCGCACAUCAUAUUCACGACGCUGCAGUUGCGUCGAAACUUUUCGACAACUUUCGCCGACGUGAAUGCUUCCAACUUCGAGGUUAACGACUACGACACAUUCGAUGCCACAGCGCUGCCAUUCGCUUGGGGGCAAGUGGAGAGCUGGUUGAAGUACGAGCAAAAUGAGACUGCUUUUUUGGAUGAUAAGGGUGGUGAUGAUAGCAUCAAAAGCGGUAGUUACAAUUCAGCGAAACAAAUUAACAAGGAAAUAGCGAAGAAAGCAAUAACUUCACAACCGUUGCCGUCGGGCAAUCAAAACUCUUUAUUGUCAGUGGUAAAUUUCGACAAUGGAUCUGGUAAAGACAAUGAUGACGGGCAUGACUUUGCCGGCAGUGGACCGAACACUUUGGUAGCAACAAGCGCAGUGGAAAAACCUAACUUGCAGUCUUCGGCAUUGGUUUUUUUCUCAAGGCAAAAACGAAAAUUUUCAACGGAGCAUCGCUUUAAGCGUUCAAGAUUGAAAAGAUACGUUGGCACGCAUGCAACGCAGGGAACGCAUGGAACGCAAUCUCAUGCUCGUGUCGAGGAAGCCCAGGAAAAAGGUAGAAACAACAACAACAGCAACAACUCAAGUAGAGGUCGAUGGCGAAAGCGAAGGAAACGUCAAACCACACAUCAAGAGCAAAUCACAAGAGAAAACUAUGGCAACUUUGAUAACGUACGAAGGACUAAAAUAAUAACGUCAAAGGAUAUAUACACAACUCCCAACAAUAACAUAAAAUUAGAAAUGUCAGCGAAUGGCAUACGCUUUGACAACAAAUAUGGCAAUAAUAACAACAAUAACAACAAUAAUAACGCAGAUAACAGCAACAAUAAGAAGAAGAAACAAAAUAAUGAGAAAACCAUUUCCAAAAGACAUAAUGGCAAUAAAAAUUUACCUUACGUUGGCGAUAAAAUUGUUGCUGGCAAUGUUUACGAUGAUGACGAUAUUGUCGGUGAAAACGUGGCGAAUGUCGAAGAUUUGAGUGAUGUUUUGGCACAGAAUAAUCACAAUAAUAAUCAUACGACAAAUGUGCGUUAUACCGCAGACUACAUGGAAAUUGGCCACAACUCAACCGUUACGCAUGAGGAAUCACCAAAUGAGGCUGAAGGUAGUCAGACAACCAGAAGUACAGACUCCAAUCUAUUUGAGUUAGUGCUGAGCGUUAUUAUUGCUAUCGAUGAACGUGUACUGGUAUUUCUAGUUGUGAUGAUUAUUUGUGUCAUCGUUUAUGCUUUUUUGCUGUGCAUUCUAUCUAAGCCUGCCAUGAAUGAAAUUUUUCUAGUGUUGGUGUCCUACGUUAUUGUGGGGACGUUCAUUGCAAUCGAAAUAGCUGUUGGCUAUGCCACACAACCCAGCAAAUCCUUUAAUGGAAGCUCAUGUUGUGUUGUGUUCAUCUAUAUGACAUACACUAUGCUACCUUUACGUCUACGUGAGGCACUGGUGGGAGGCAUGGUACUAUCUUUCACUCAUAUUUACACCAGUUUACGUUAUGAUGAAGUUAAAAUAAAAUGGCAAGAACUAUUGUGCACAAUUUUAGCACUAUUUUUAUCGAAUCUUACUGGCAUCUACACGCAUUGGCCCAAGGAGAAAGCACAACGCAAAGCAUUCAUUGAGACAAGGCAGUGCAUUGAGGCACGUUUGCGAACACAACGAGAAAACCAACAACAGGAACGUCUUUUGUUAUCGGUGCUGCCGCGGCAUGUUGCCAUGGAAAUGAAAGAUGACAUCGCAGGACAGCCACGAGAUACACAAUUUCACAAGAUUUAUAUACAACGACAUGACAACGUCAGCAUACUUUUUGCAGAUAUUUGCGGUUUCACCAGUCUUUCGGAUCAAUGCACUGCAGAGGAAUUAGUAAGACUACUUAAUGAGCUAUUUGCAAGAUUUGAUAGAUUGGCUGCUGAGCAUCAUUGUUUGCGUAUUAAGCUGCUUGGCGACUGUUAUUAUUGUGUCUCAGGAUUACCCGAACCCCGGCCGGAUCAUGCACAUUGUGCCGUUGAAAUGGGUUUAGAUAUGAUUGAUGCCAUAGCACUGGUGCGUGAGGUUAUGGCCGUUAAUGUAAAUAUGCGUGUCGGUAUCCACACUGGGCGUGUACAUUGUGGUGUUCUGGGUCUCGUUAAGUGGCAAUUUGAUGUGUGGUCAAAUGAUGUUACGUUAGCUAACCACAUGGAAAGUGGCGGAAUUCCCGGGUAAGUGUUAUAAUCGGUUGUGGUUAAUUGAAGUUUGCUUGUUAACGUUGACGUUUUGCCGUUUUGCCAUUUUUUAAUUUGCCUUAAAAGAGAAGACACGAAAUAACUCAUUUAACACAUUGUAAAAUUUGAUUUAUUGCAUGUUGAAUUGUUGUAGAAAAUCUGUCAGUAGCUGGUAAA